CAUUCUUCCAGCAGCAGGGCUCGGAUUUAAAGGACUGCAAAUCUACUUUUUUUUUUUUUUUUUUAUUUGUCGCCACCUCAAGGGUGGAGACCCGGGCUUUAUAUAGCCCGUCAGGGUCAAGCAGAGUUAUCCCUCCGCGGAGGGACCAUGACGAACCCUUGUUGGGUGACGGCAGGAAAAGGAGAUGAAUGCCGACAGACGGACUCGGCGGCGUCAGCCGAGCCGAUAGAGACGCUCUGUGGACGAGGACUGGUAGUGUGUCUCUGACAAGCAUACUUUAGCCUCGUUUAGAAGAGGCUGUCAUGCGGAAGACGUACAGGCUGGAUGUGGUAGAAGUGUGGUAGGGGAAUGGUGAUGCUGUCAGUGCGGCGAGAGGAAAAAGUGCACGAAUAUUGCAUGUGUGUACGUGUCUGUACCUGCGGGGAUGGCACAAACGCACACACACACAUGCAUGCAUGGAUAAUAUAUUUCUAAACGUAUCGGCACCGAUGUUCAUGGACUGUUUUGUGACCCCAGUGAUAGUUUAAGCCCGAUUUCUGCACCAUGAACGGGAAAUGUCACCCAUGAAAACCCGGCUAAACGAUUACAAUAUAUUGAAGGUCACAUUUCGACGUAUUUUCUCUGCCUGCUUGCGUUGAGUGUGCCUGGAAAGCGAAGAAGAACGGUAUAAAAGCCCGUACUCUUAAACAAAUCAGCAUGUGCAUGGCCUCGGUGCUCAUCUCCGUCACAGCGCGUAUAUCCUCUGACAAUGCUAGUGAUUCGGCGGGUGAAAAUAAGGAUGGUGGUGUGUGUGUUGGUGAUGGUGGUGAGUCUGGGCGCUUUACAUCAUCUUGUCACCACCACCAGCAUCACCACCAUCACCCAUAGUCACCCGGUCACCCAUACACCCACACGCUCCACGCCCAUUUCCAUCUCUCCACCCGCGUUAGAAGAGGAGGAAUAUAUGGUGCAAGUUUCAGAAGACGUCAGCGCCCAGGAAGUCACGUCAUCAUGGUUCCUGGGAAUCCUGCCCUUACUGACUUACUUCAUGGGGCCGUGGGAGUACAGGCGUCUUCUCCCGCCCCUUACUCGGCCCCUUCAGAAGUACUCCUCGAUCCUGUCCGCCCAUCUUCAGGAGCAAGGGGAGGGGAGGUUAGGGAAGGGGCGGGAGAGUGAGGCUGGGACUGACACUUCUGCUGGUGGUGUUUCUGCUUCUUCUGAUUCUUCCUCUUCUUUUUCUUCUUCUAGUGAGGGUUCUGCUGUUCGCUAUCCUUCUCUUUCUCCUCCUUCUUCUUCUUCGUCGUUCCCAUCUUCGUCUAUUUCUGGCCUCUCUUCUCCAUCAUCAUCUUCUUCUUCUUCUUCUGUUGGGGGUUCUUCCGUUCGCUAUCCUCCUCCUGCUCCUCCUUUUCCUUCUUCGCUGUCUGUUUCUGGUUCUCCUCCUCCUCCUCCUCCUCCUUCUCCUCCUUCUUCUCCCUUCUCCUCCUCCACUCGGGCGCUGGUGGAGGCGUUGGUGGGCCUGGUAGAAGAGGUGGAAUUGCCCUGCGCCAAGUUACUAAUGCAAGGCGGCCGCACCUGUCAGAGACUACCUGACGGAGACAAGAAAGUAUGUUCGGACCCCGCCGUGGCCCCGACCUGGUCAUCGUGUCUGGUGUACUCAUUCGGCCUCGGCCACGACUUCAGCUUCGACGCGGCCAUGGCCCUGAUGGGUUGCGAGGUGUUCGUGUUCGAUGACGACGACCUGCACGAUAUGUACCCCAGCCACCCCUUCCCCAGAAUCCACUUCGGCCACGUCCGCCUGGGUUCACGGGUGUUGUACCAGGUGGUUGAGGACAAGGUGAAAAACAGCACUUACGCCUACCUCUACCGCCCCUUGGAUAACCUGAUGUACGUCUUGGGCCACGCCGCCGCCACCAUCGAUCUCCUGAAGGUGGACAUCGAGGGAGCGGAAUGGGAGGUGUUCCAGGAAUCCAUAUUUAAGACCAACAUCCUGGAACGCACAAAACAGCUGGCCAUUGAGAUCCACAUGAUCGACUUCCUCAAACCGAACAUCACCCUCGAGGAAACAGAGACAGCACUCCAUAAAUAUAUAUCCUUCUUCAAGGGACUCAGAUCUCGCGGUUUUCAACUUGCCCAUCAUGAACCCAAUUACAUAAGUCCGACCUUCACUACUGUCCAGGGUGUCACGUUCUCUAUAUUAGCCGAGCAGCUUUGGAUCAACACCCGCAUCGCCCUUACCCACCCACCACCACCACGCCCACGGAACGCCCACGCCCACGCCCCUAACCCUCACGCCUAUGCCAUCCGUGCUAUUGACUAUGUGGGUGAUUAUGAGUUUGAGUGAUGAUCGAGGUUAGUUGAGUAUUCUUCUUCUUCUUCUUCUUCUUCUUCUUCUUCUUACGGUCUUGUAGUAUUAGGUUGUAGAUGUUGUUAUUGUUAUUAUUGUUGUUAUUAUUAUUUUUAUUUUGAUAGUAGUAAUAGUAGUAGUAGUAGUAGUAGUAGUAGUAGUAGUAGUAGUAGUAGUAAUUAGUGUGGUCGUUAUUUUCCUUGUUAACAAUUGAUUAAUAUAUUAAUGUCUAAAAAAUCUGUUCUGUAUAGUUGUAAGUGUCGUAUUUUUAAACAUUUCGUCGCUCAAGCACACACACAUUUGACAAGGCUUUCAUAGGCGUUUUGAGCAUUUCCAGGGCUAGUUCAAUGACUCUGGUGGUAGUGUGACCCUUUUUCUGUAACAUGAACCUAAAGAAAAACUCAUGAGAACCCGAUUGAUCUCCUUUUUGGCCUUUGAAAAUAGUUGAUGUGAGAGGCAGAAGCGUCUACCGAAAUCUUAGAAAUCGUGGAGCAAUGUAAACGUGGCUGGCUCAGUCCGUAGAGUUAUCCGCGUCAUCCGCCACACGCCACGCCCUGUCUUAAACACUAUCUUGUAGGCGUCUAAGUGUUGGUGGCAGUCUGGUGGAUAUCUUGCUGAAAAUUCUUUGAUGACCUGUCUUUUGGUGCUGAAUGUUGGCAGGAGAUUUCCAAAGACUGUUGAUGCUGUGGAAUUGAUGUUGACAUUUUCUAUAUAAGCCAGAAUUUGUGGUUCAGGUUCAAGUAAGCCAUUGGAAACUUUGUGUGUUAAACUGUGAUGUUGUUUUGUUACUAUUUACAAACAUUUGGAAGAUAAUUGGUGGUGCUGCUGCUAUUACUACUGUUAUAACUUUAGUUAGUUAAUUUCAUAAUAUCUAAUGAGUUUGUACAUUCAUUUGUUAGGUAGUUUAUGAAUUAUCUAGAGCUGCCCUAGGUCCAUAUUCUGAAACAUCUCAGGUACCUAUUAUAACAAUUUCCCAAAACCACAAAGAAGAGUAACCAGGUUUGUAUAGGUGUUGUUUUUUGUACAAAGAUGCAGGGGCCAUGUAAAACUAUCACCAGCAUCACAAAACAGGUCCAUGGUAAUCUCAACAACUUCAGAAGAUUAACCAGGUUUGUAUAGGUGUUGUUUUUUGUACAAAGAUGCAGGGGCCAUGUAAAACUAUCACUACCAUCACAAAACAAGUCCACGGUAAUCCCAACAACUUCACUGAGAGGCUUUUCAAACAGGCAUACAGUGGCACCGAUAUGUUUGAGAAUAUGAGUCCUGGAGCCUUUUUCACAACCUACAAGAAAACAGCACAUUCCAUUUUUUUACUUACUAGAUGACACACUUACUUUUAAAAUAGGGUUCAAUACACUUCAUUCAAUUAUUUCCUUUUAUUCUUACUCAUUUAUUCCUCUAAAACAUUACAAUGGUAGAGUGUUGAUAAAGAAGAAAAUGAAUUCAUCUCACAAACGCUAAUACACUAAUAGCUACAACCUACCCACCACACGACAGUAAAACCUGCAGGUGUACCAAGACAUGAUCCUCCAUGCAAUAAUAAUGACAGGAAUGAUAAUAAACACUGCCAAAGAGAACAUACACGUGUAAGGAGAUUUUUUAUUUGUUAUUGAGAUCCACAAAAGGACAUAGAGAAAAUAUAGAAAAUUAUUUAUACCCAAACAGAGUCCCUCAAUGAGUAGACACAGCUAUGAAAAAUAAAAAACGCUGACAGGAGGAAUAAAAUAUAAGAAUAGAGAAUAGAAUGGAAUAGACUAGAUGGAAAUUAAAAAGAAUAGACUAAAAAAUUAAGGCCCACUAACCACUCCUAUAGAACCCUUAGUUGGAGGUUUAAUUGAGAGUUUCUGAAAAGAGGAAGAUAUUUAGAAUCCCUAGAACUAAGAUAUACAGAAUUAAGCCCCAUUAGUAGGGAGGCUCUCAGGGGUUUCAGAUGUCCAGAGAGGGAAGAGGAAGAUAUUUAGAAUCCCUAGAACUAAGAUAUAAAGAAUGAAGCCCCAUUAGGAGGGUCUCGGGGGUAUCAGGUGUCCAGGGAGGGAAGAGGAGAACAUUUGGAAUUACAAGAACUAAGAUAUACAGAAUUAAGCCCCAUUAGGAGGGUCUCAGAGGUAUCAGGUGUCCAGGGAGGCAAGAGGAGAACAUUUAGAAUCCCUAGAACUAAGAUAUACAGA